AUGCAAUGCAGUGUCAACAUUGGUAAUGGAAACGGUUCAUGCCCAAACGCAACCCCUGGAACUACCAUGUAUUGAAAUCUAGGUGCCCGCAACCACAGUGAUUUGUUCGAUAUUAUUCAACAUAUAGGGCCUAUGUCGCGAUUACAAACUAUUUGGUACGAUCUUGGCUGCGAUUUGCUAACAUUAUCGCCGCCGCUAAAGGCCUAGCCAUUGUGACAGGUCCUAGCAGUGUUGUUAUAUGCAUUCGGGCUAUAAUAACACUGUCUGUGUCGUAAAUAGAUACAGAGCAAAUCUUCGUUGACUGCUCUGGCUCCUUUUGGAGCUACAUCUCCACGCAAACUGUGGUCCAAAAUGUCCGCUCUCGGACAGUUUACACCAGAGAGAUGUUUACUUAUUUUCAGUCUGUUCAGUGUCUUGCUUCUUGCGCGAGGCCAAGAUGAUGAUUGGGUCGAUCCAUUUGACAUGCUAAACUACGACGCCACAUCAAAAACUAUGAGAAAACCUGAGACUGCCAACUACAACAAUGUACCUACCAAACGGAGAGAGUACAUCCAGGACGCGCCACAGUGCCCACAGUGCCCUACACUACAAUGUCCAGAUGUGUCAGAGUGCACCAAACAAGUCGAGAAGCUACAGAAGGAACUAGAUGAGCAUAAAUUUAAGGUGACAACUACGCCUCAGCCUACACCUUCGCCUCAGCCCCUCACCUGCAACCCUCUCUUCAAACGGUUUAUCGCCAAACUCCUGAAGGAAAUCUCGAAACUGGGCGACUUGUCAAGUGUAAGUCCAGGUGACGAGUACUACGAUGCCAAAGUGCAGCUGACUGCGAGGGGUGUUGCAGAACUCCAGAAGGUGGUGAAUGGCGAGAGCUGGACCACAGGCUCCCUGGACGAUGCCCUCAGCAAGAUCCUGGUGGACUUCAAACGGCACGACUAUGAGGCCUGGAAGUGGCGCUUUGAAGACGCCUUUGGAGUUGAGCUGGACACCGUCAUGAAGACCUUGGGGUGUGUGGUGCUGAUUGUGGUGAUCAUCAGUAGUGAGCUGUGGUCCACGGUCUCUUGGUUCGUCCAGUUCAGGAGGAUGUUCGCCCUCUGCUUCUUCAUCAGCAUCGUCUGGAACUGGUUUUACCUGUAUAAGAUCGCCUUUGCUGAGCAUCAGGCCAAGAUUGUGAAGAUGGAGAAAGUAAGCGACAAAUGUACUGGUGUGAAGAAGAUUGACUGGGUGGACAGUUUACAUGAGUGGUACAGGAGCACAUGGACUCUACAGGAUGACCCCUGCCAAAAGUACUAUGAACUCCUAAUGGUCAACCCUCUUCUCCUGGUGCCUCCUACUAAGGCCAUCUCUCUCACCCUCACCACCUUCAUCACGGAGCCUCUGAAGCACCUGGGCCAGGGCAUUAGUGAGUUCCUCAGGGCCCUGCUGAAGGACCUGCCCAUCACCCUGCAGAUCCCCGUGCUGCUCACCAUCGUACUCUCCAUCGUGCUGUGCACGUACGGCAGUGCCCAGACAGCCAUCACGCACAUGCUGACGCGGCCGCUAAGGAGAGGACGUCGCGACCCCCCUCCUCCCGGCAUCGAGGGCCGCCCGCGACCACGCCCAGCCCCGCUGGCCGAGAGAGCACACUCUGACACCGAGGAGGAGGAGAUGGGGGAGGGGGAGGAAGACGGGCCGCGAUACCUAGGAGCAGGGGACGCCCCUGUCCGACGGAGAAGCGCUGAUCAGGGGAGGAGGGCUGGAGGUGGAGGUGGAGGAGAAAGAGGAGGUGGAAGAGGAGGAGCAACAGUAGCAGCAGGAGCAGGAGGAGAUGUGAGAGAAAGACGGGGAGCGGUACGCCAGAGGACUGCAGCCAGGCCUAUGGAAGAACGCCGUCGAGUCGUCGUGGAGACCCUGCGGAACGCCGAUCACCGUUACAGCGGGGAUGAGACGGACAGGCCGAGGACACAGGAGGGGGAGGGAGAGGAGGAUGCUAGAUCUGACCAGGCCUCUGGAGGAGGGGAGGAGCAGGGAAGUGCAGGGGAGCAAGAAGGUCUUGAUGUUACUCCUUCCUCUCCUACUACUGUGGUAAAGAAGGAGAAAGAGAAGAAGGAGAAGGAGGAGAAGAAGCUGCCAGUCAAUAAAGACUCCCCCAGUAGAGACUCUGUCCAUGCUGAGGCUGAGGGGGCAUCUGGGGGAAACGGGACUAUGGGAGCUCCACACCAGCUGGGGCAGCAGAGAGUCAAAGCAACACCAUCACCAUCACCAGCCGCACAGACACCUCAGAGUCCGAAGACACCAGAGAGACAGGGGGCCUCAGCAUCACAACACACACCUACAGCGUCUGUACAAGAGCUCAAAGCACAGGGGCCUUCCUCGAAACAGGAAGCACCAAUAACAAGUGGAUUUGUUGAGAACAUCGGGAUGCCAGUUCAGGAGUCGGGACAGUGAAACACAUACACUAUGUGCCAUUUUGACUUACAUUGUCUUGUACCUUGAAGUGCCAGUGGUAAUUUAAUUACACAAUGUGGAAUAUGGUGCUUCAGGUGUUAAUUGUCCUUCCCAGGUCUUUUGGGUUAUUUUGGGAUAUUUUGUUUGUGUAAAUAAAUGGGCCUUCAUCAUGACUUUAUUUGUAAUCAAAUGAACAUGCUUUUUGUUGUUCAAUGAUCUUACUUAAUUUUGUUAACAAAAAUAAAAUAUUUUAAACUAUUUUUUACACAAAAUA